AUGAAGAAACUGAGAAAGACGUGUGAAGGAGUUGGCUCACAGCUGAAGCAGCACCUGGUAUCAGGACGUGGAGUAGGACAAAGCCGUGCUGUGAUUGAGCCUUCUGCCUUCAAACAACGCCCUGCUUUCUCCAGGGCAAUCUUUAGCACUAAAAUUUUGUCCUUAGUUCUCAUCGGUCCUGGCUUGGGCAAAAUUCCCAGAGUGGGACAUCAGCCACUGAAAGCAGAGGAGAAUGAAUGUGAAGAAGAAAUGGUAGCCAGCUUUGGUAACCUUGCAGAUGUGAAUACUGGCUUAAAUGGAGCAGCAGGACCUUGUGGGAAGGUUGACUGCUCCAAGGCACCGCAGCUGAUAGAAAUUCACGUCAAAUGCCUGAGGGGAGUCAAAGAUAAGGUUCCUAAAGGCCACUACACCCUCAAAGUUUCUGUUCUCAGCCGCUUAGGUGGUGGCUUGCUGGAGUGGCCCAAACUGAAGGAGCAGCCUCGAGCCAGGACAACGCUGCCUGUUAGUCACGAUGGAAACUUCUACAACACUGAAAUCUACUUUGGACAAAGUAUCCAGACAGUUUUACCACCUAGAAAAGCUGUGAAACCAGGCAUGGUCCUCCUCUUUGAACUCUUCCUUCUUCGUGGGACCCGUACUUGGAUUGAUCGAGAAGUGGGAUGGGGAGCUUUUCCCUUGUGUGACAACAAUUUUAAUGCUUUGGAGGGAAAAUUUAAAUGUCCCUUCCUCAGAGGCCAUUACAACUCCACAGUUGACCGAUUCCAAAAAAUCGAAAAUUUUAUUUCUCAAGACUUGGAUCAUUGGUUAUGCAAUCUCUACUUUCAGAUCCACUGGAAUAACCCACCUGACCAAUGUUAUCAAGAAAAAUCAGAUCCUGGGAACAAUGCAAGACCAGAAGAAGGGAAAGCAUCUGAAGAGAGCAAUUUUUACUUGGAGGACUUAGAGAAAUAUACUUUUUCUGUGUGCUGCCGUUCUGCUGCUGAAGUGAAACUGUCCAGGCGGGUUGUCGAGCGUUUCCAUUUCGUAGUAUAUGCAGCCUUCUCAGAGCUGGGAGCCACACACUGGCGCUCCAGGGACUUCUGGCUGCUCGUGCUGCUGGUAGUUUUGCUUUGGUUUGUGAGACUUUACCUGCAUUAUUUGAGCCAAUGGCUCUUCCUUCAGACCAUCUCUGUUCCUGUUACAAAAUUCCAGCUUUUUCCUCACACUGUCAAACUGUGCUACCAGAACUCCUUGCUGCAGACCAGUGAAGAGUUGGUCAUGGUUGUGGUGGGACCCCUAACCUUGAACGCAGGGCUGCUUCUUAUGGUCCUGAUCAGAUGGGGCUGUCAGCAGCUGUUUGACUCAUUCCCUUCCUUCUUGUCAAAGUUUAUCAUAGCUCUGGGACUCUGGACAGUGCUAGACCCCUUGGCAGUGUUCGUAGUGGAUUCAGUCCUGGGGCGACUUGGGAACAGUGUAGAGAAACCCAUUGCUGAUGCUGCAAAGCUCUACUGGGUCUUUGUAAGAGCAGAGGAGUCAGGGAUUCCUGGUGCCUUAAUCACUGUGAUGCUUUAUACAGUCCUGUUCAUCAUCUCAUCAACGGUGUUGUACCUGUACUUCUUAAGGCUACAUAGUGAAGGUUGGCUGUUGGAUGUAUUUCGACGCAUUCAUGGUGAGGAAGGCACAUUCUUCGUUCCAUUGGACUUAGAGAUUUCCAAUCAGGAGCUGAGCUACAUUAUGAAGAGGGCUGAGCAGUGGAGAGGAAUCAACGGUGAAAGACGGAUGGUGGCAGUGUCUGAUUACAUCUGGAAGGACCACGCUAGCAAGCCUGGUGUCUCCAGCUGUGACCUCCAGCACCAGGAUGAAAUCCCUGACUCUGCAGCUAACUCGGGAGGUAGCACCACCGUUCACGUCUCUGUCUACACUGUUCACCUCAGCGGCUUCCAGGAGCUCUACAGGCACUUCCUCAGGCUACCUGAUGGGGCUAUCAUUGAGGAAACUGUCCUCAAGGAAUCCAGACAUAAUUUUCUGCCCCGGGAACUUGUGAUUCACCAGAGUGAAGACACCAGAGUCUUAGAGCUGGCCAAAGAAAACAAGAGAAGGCAUGUGGCCUACAUGAAGUAG